AUGCAUUUGGUUAAGCCAGCCAGAGUGUUCGUAAGGAGAGACUUGGGCCAUUUUCAGAGGAAGUUCCUCUUUAACGCGAGCACCAUAUCUAAGUGUAGUCAAAUCCAGAGCCCAUUUUCAUGCUUUACCAAUAAAGUGCAGAAAAGAAACUACCUCCACUUUGCUCGUACAUUACCGGAAGAUUACGAACUGCCGUUAGAUACAUUCCCAGAAAAUAUCAACGAAAUCUUAAAGAAGGAUAAAAAGACACUGGACUUCAUCCAGAGUUACUGGUACUGGAAGAUUCGUAGCGAGAGCAAUUUGCUAAAUUAUGAGAAGCUCGUGAAGAAGUCGUAUAAGCAGUUGGCCGUGGACAUGGGCAUGCAGAUUGCCAACCCGGAUAAUGAGCACAUGCUGGCCUUGCUGGAAUUUUACGAAUACCUAAAGUCUUCGCCAUUUGUUGGACCCUUUGGAACCAUUGAAAACCCCGUUAUUGUGCCCAGUGUACACACAGAGCGAGUCGUCUGCUGCACGGGGGGUACGGGGGAAAACGAGCACGUCCCUCUAUUCUUUCGAUGCAGGGAAGGGUUUUUAUAUCGCUGCGGAGAGUGUGAUCAAAUUUUUAUGCACGUGCGCGUGCUGUACUCACUGGAGGAUGGGAACGACCCCUUUCCCAAUGACCCCGAUGUAGAUGAUGUAUUUGAUUUAAAUUUAAUUGAAGAGAACAUGAGUCUGUACAACGACGACCAGUACGUCCGGUGGCCCACCGGGAAUGUGACCUACAGGCAGAUGUUUCUCCAGGGAAAAUGGGGAAAUCAGAAACCGAACAACGUUUCGUACAUAAGUUCUGAGAAGUGA